AUGGCUUCCCCACCAAGUGUAAAUGAGCAAAAAGCUAUGAAAUGGGACAAAGAAAGUACUCUCAAGCUAAUUGAGAUGUACGAGGCACAUCCAGAACUUUGGAAUUGCAUAUUGAAGGAGUACAGAGAUCGGGAUAAAAAGGCUCAAGCUAUAAAAAAUAUAGCAGAUCAGUUAAAAACCACUGAAGCCGAAGUGGAAGAAAAAUGGCAUAAUUUAAGGUGUCAAAUGAAUUCGGAGAUAAGGAAAAUUAAAAAAACCAAAAGUGGAGAUGGAACUGAUGAUAGACUGUGGAAAAGUAAAUUUUCUGGAGGAGUCUCAAUUACAAAGCAUAGAAAAACCAACAACAUAAAUACUACAACUCAUCGUUCGAAAAAACUAAAAACCAAAGCCAAGGAAAAAACGGACGAGGAAGGUGAUGCAAUGCUAGAAAAGGCUAAAAACAUACUAAAUACACCAACUGACGAGUAUACCGUAUUUGGUGAAUAUGUUGCUAGUGAAUUACGGCAGCUGCGUUCUGAUGAACGAAAAAGAAGAUUAAAACGAAUAAUCCAGAAAGCUAUAGUUGCAAUGAGCGAGGAAGAUGAAGUGGAGUUUUCUGGAUAGAACACUUACACCUUUAAUGUCGCCUACUUAUUCACAUUCGAGUACAUACCCAUCAACUUCAAAUACGGUUGAAAGUUUUGAAGAGGCACCGAUAACAAAUACAACUACAAACCUUCCUCCAAUCACGCAGUUUUACGAAAAUUACUUACCUGGAGAUAAUCCGUUUUCAGCACAGUAAAUAUCGCUUCACAAACUUCAGGUAUAAUCCUUGAAAUGGUCGUGACUGGAAUCCGAAAAAGGUAUUGCAGGGAAUGAUAGCUAUCUCCUACAAUUAAAAAUGAUUUAAUUAGAAGUUGUUUUUGUUUGCUUUUUAAGUUAAAUACAUCCUAGAAAACAAA